AUGCUCACAAAAGUGCUCGUCGUGCUUAGCGUCCUCGUUUUCUACACGGCUCUGGCGUCCCGUCCGCAAGGUAAUGAAACUGGGCUCCUGCUGCCGAAUAGUGUAUUUCUAAGUACACUAGGGCUCCAAGAUAAUCCUCUCGUUUCCCUUCUCACCCCCUCAAAAAUGUGGGCCAUUGGAAGAGGAACUGAACAAAAGAAGUAUCCUAAUCUUAUGUUAGAUGGGGGUAGGGAUUAGCUUCGCGAAUGAUGUCAUAUUUGAGCCUUUUCCGAAGUUUCAAUUAUACCUUUCGACAGUAUUUGCGGGGCUAUAGUAUAAAUAUCGAGUUACGGACACAAAUGUUUGUUGCAGAGCACGCAGCGAUCGACUGCUCGAUCCUGUCCGAAUGCGACGGCAAUUGGGAGUGCAUCGAGUUCCUCGCCAGUCUCUACCGACUCGACUGCUUCGCCGGAACAGGUACGGUGCAGCGUUGACUGAAAAUAGUAUCGCCACUGCUCAAAAGUUGUUUUGACGUGGCUGAAGAUGCGAUAAUUUAUGGAAAUCAGAGGCAGUGUCGCAAGAUUUGCGAUGCUCAUUGAUUCUCUCUCACGGCAAAAACAACUUGCGAGAUCAUUCCGAGAAGUUGAGGGGGGGAACUUUUUCGGAGCCUCGUGACUAUGUGUUUCAAUGAUCACGGAAACGUUGGAGAGUUGGAGCACAAUGCAUUUUCAGCAGCGAAGAAGUCGUUUGGCGGUGGAAAGCGUGGUGGACUCAAAAAUCUGGAGAAGAUCUUUCUGGGCAGCUACAUGACUCGUAUGCGUUGA